UCUCAGGACAACACAAAAACAGGUCAAUACAGACUGACCCUGUCCCCUGACCUGAACCCUCCCAGUCUGAAUCUUCAUUACGCCACCACUGGACUGACUUUAAUGGAAAUCCUCCGAGCCUGGGCAGCGUGGCGGGCCUCGAUAAGCUCCCCUUAUGAGGUGAAAAUCCACUCUUCAUCGCCCAGUCGCCCCCCUCUUCCCACAAACAAAGCAAACGGCAUGUCCCGGCUGUUCCUCUUUUUGGCAAUGGUAGUUCUCUCCUGCAGUGUCCAGGUGUGCCCUGCUGUGUCCCUGGAUAAGCUGCAGGAGAGCUGGAAAAUGUACACAGAAGAAUGUGACCGCAACAACAGCCGGGAUCCUCCCAGCAGCGGUGUAGUUUGUAACAGGACUUUUGACGAUUAUGCUUGCUGGCCUGAUGGUCUCCCGAACACAACUGUGAGUGUGUCCUGUCCUUGGUACCUGCCCUGGUUUGAUGAAGUUCAGAACGGUAUGAUUUACAAAGAGUGUGAUGCUAACGGCCAAUGGGUUAACACCAAGAACACCAGCGAGUGUGACUCAAAUGACCCUAGCGUGCACUAUUACAACUACAUUCGGAUUAUGUACACAGUGGGCUAUUCCUUAUCUUUUGUGGCUUUGGUGUUGGCACUCGGCAUCCUCAUAUUUUUCAGAAAACUCCACUGCAUGAGGAACAACAUCCACAUGAACCUGUUUGCUUCGUUCAUCCUGAGAGCCCUGUCCAUUCUCAUCAAAGACGCUUUGGUUGACGCCAACAUCGUGUCACGUGACCUGAGAACUGACCAGGACUCAGGCUUCCCUCAGGCGUCCAUGCCUCCUGUGGAGAUGCUGGUCAACAAUGAGACCACAUUUGGCUGUCGGAUUGCAGUAGUUAUGAUGCAGUACAGUAUUAUGGCCAACAGCUACUGGCUCCUGGUUGAAGGCAUCUACCUCCACAACCUGCUCGUCAUCACCGUGUUUACAGAGAGGAACUACUUCAAAAUCUACCUGUGCAUUGGCUGGGGAACACCACUCAUUUUCCUCGUGCCAUGGGUCACGGUGAAAUACCUUUAUGAAAACGAGGAAUGUUGGAGCCAAAAUAUAAACAUGAAUUUCUGGUGGAUCAUACGUUCUCCAAUCCUCCUGGCUGUUGUGAUAAAUUUCCUGAUAUUUAUUCAUAUAAUCCGAAUCCUUGUUUCAAAACUACGGGCGCACCAGAUGAGAUAUUCUGAUUACAAAUUCAGAUUAGCAAAGUCCACGCUCACUCUGAUCCCUCUGUUGGGAAUCCAUCAGAUGUUCUUCAUAUUCGUCACAGAUGAAACAACGUCUAGCACCAUCACUCUUCGGCUCACCAAGCUCUUUGUCGACCUUUUCUUCUCCUCUUUUCAGGGUCUGUUGGUGGCCAUUUUGUACUGCUUCGUUAACAAAGAGGUUCAGUCAGAGAUCCUAAAGAAGUGGAAACGUUGGAAACUGGGCAGGAAUAUCGAGGAGGAAUACCGACAUACGUACAGCAACACGCCCAACACCAAGACCGGUAGCCUGUUGCACCACGUGGCUCCCCUCCCGGAGACCACCACCACUCUGUGCAGCCCCGAGGAGAGACGCAUGCUGGUCCCUGGCACCCACAACGGCCUGGACAACAGCAAAGACCCCUGCAUAUACCCCCUACAGGAACGAACAUCGGACAGGGGAAGCUGUGAGGAUUGAGUGGAUAUGGCAAACUGCCCCAUGAAGUGUGAAGAGGUGAAAAGAGCGCAUCAAAAAAGACCAUUUCAGUCCUUGUUCUGAAUGUUGGAAUAGAAAACAGAAAAGACCACAACACUGGGAAUGCGCUGUUUGUAUUGUCAGUGAGGACAUAGACCGCUGCAUGCUGAACAACGCCAUUAAAGAUAUUAAAACAGAUGAGCCAUUUUAUUUCAUUUGGAAAACCAUAAGAGUUAAACUAUGUGAAACCUCAAAUUUCGAGGAAAGACCUUUCAAAUGUCUGAGCAGUAUUGUGGUACCAGAGACAAGGAUGACUACAAUCGACCAAACGACAGACCUUAAGAACAGUGGAGAAUUGUAUUUUCCAGCUUUGCUCUAUCUGUAAAUGUGUUAAUAGGAAAAAUAGAAAAAUAAGUUAUGUAUGUAAUGUGUACCUCAUGCACAAAGGUGAACUGUGUUGCUCAAGCAGUCCAAUGGGAAAUUGGCAGCUGCUCUCCCUAGGUCAUUCCUGGCAUGACAUGAAAGGAGGUCAUGGGAUGUUAUGGGAUCAAAUAUACAUAAGCUACAAUGAUCAUGGCUUUACUUAGUUACGUGGUGUACAAAUAGGUAGUAGUUUAUAUGUGAACGUCUCAUUCAAAUGCGGACAGUAACAGCAUGUUUUGGCAGCGAUUUGUUCAGUUUUUUUUCCUCUUCAUGCUAAUGUACCAUAUACUAUAAGCUCUGGUUACGUUUAUGCAGCUAAGAUUCGAAAUCCACCCUGAUGCAAGCAGAUAGAGAAAAUCCAGCUCUUGAUUCAAGGUUAAAAAUAAUCUUCAGAUCAACCUGGCCCAUAAAAGCAUACAUGCAUAAAGGAUAAGGGCAACUAUAACUGGGAUGCAACAUGUCACCUAUGCUAACCGGGUGUUAGUUUAAAUAUAGACUGGCAUUUGA